ACAAGAUGGUGUUGCACUUAGCUAGCUAACAAUUAACGUCAAGUUAAUUAAGCAACAUGAUGGGAUCCGUUAACUUCAAAUAAGCUUAAUAUCAUGCAUACCAGCUCCCUUCGUUUUAAUGCUGGGCAACUAUGGAUCAAACGCGACCAAGGCAACGUUGACGUUACGAUUUUAUCAGACAAAGAUGGGACCGAAAAAGAGAGGGGAGAGGAAAAGAAAGGCAGAGACGGAGACCGAAACAGAGAGGCCAGAUGAGUCAGGUGGAGGUGAGCCCUUGGAGCACUGUAGCAAGGGAAACAUGAAAGCGAGAGAAGGAAACAAGUACAUUGGAGCGCACGUUUCGAUAGCAGGAGGUAUAUGGAAAGCUGUGGAAGCCAGUGUGGAAAUGAAGGGCCGCAGUUUUGCCCUGUUCCUGGGAUCUCAACGUUCCUGGAAAAGACCCCCGCUGGACAGUGCUGCAGCAGUCAAAUUUCAGGAGGCAUGCAGUGCCCAUGGUUUCAGCCCAAACCACAUCCUGCCACAUGGGUCCUAUCUGAUGAACUGUGGCUCACCCAAGCAAGAUGUGUUUGAGAAGAGCCAGGCCAUGCUGGUGGAUGAGCUGAGCAGAUGCAGUGCGCUGGGACUCACUCAGUUUAACCUGCACCCAGGGGCCUGCAUGGGAGCCAGUACAGAGCAGUGCUUGGACAGGAUCGCACAGGCCAUAAACCACGCUCACCAACAAAUCCCCUCCGUCAUCACAGUGCUGGAGAAUAUGAGUGGUCAGGGCAGCACGGUCGGAGGUCAGUUCAGUGAGCUGAAGGGCAUCAUUGACCGGGUACGUGAUCAGUCACGGGUCGGGGUGUGCUUGGACACAUGCCAUGCUUUUGCAGCAGGACAUGACAUAUCGGUGUCUGGUGGGGUGAAGGUGAUGUUGGAGGAGUUUGACAAGUUGGUGGGACUGCAGUACCUGCGAGCUUUCCAUCUCAAUGACUCCAAAGGUAAACUGGGUUGUCAUCUUGACCGUCAUGAAGAUAUCGGGCGAGGUCAGAUAGGCCUUCAAACUUUCCGCGAGAUAGUGAAUGAGCCUCUGCUGGACAACAUUCCUUUGAUCCUGGAGACCCCUGGACGGCCUGGGUUUGAGUAUGCUGAGCAGAUUGAGCUGUUGUACUCCCUUUGUGAGGGUUAAAGACGUCAACAGACAGAAGACGUCUUUCACACCUCCCACCACUACUUUCCUGAUGCCUCUGUUCUGAUCUCAACCAGUUCUGUUCAGUAGCAUAACUCUCUUUUGUACUUGUUCUUUGUAUUUUUCGGUACAUGAA